AAAAAACACUUAAAGAUGUGGUGCAGACUUGGACUGUCUCAGACAUCUGCAGAAGCUCGUUAUCAAAGCUUGAAGAUCAGCUUCACAUCAGAAACCAUGAGGGCAUCUUCUUUGUGUCUGUUGUUCGGGCUGGUCCUGAUGAUGACCUGGACUUCUGAGGCUGAGCCUCAGGCUGCUGUAAUUCCCGAGAAGUGUUGCUUCAAUUUUAUUGACUUUGCAAUUCCAUCUGCAAAAAUUAAGAGUGCUGAGAAGACAGAUUCACAUUGCCCUGUCCCUGGCAUUGUGGUUACGACACCAAGAACCGAAUUUUGUGUUGAUCCAGCAGAGGACUGGAUAAAGACUUAUAUGGAGAAGAGAGCAGAUCAAGAAAACAAAAAAAAUUAAUACUGUUACUGCUUAAUACAACUGUCCUUUCUUAAGAAAUGCAUUUUUGCUGAAACUCAAUUGGUUUUCAUUGGUUACACUUUACAGUAAAGUUCAAUAAAGUUCAUUAGUCAACAUUAGUUGACUACUUUAGUUAACAUGAACUAAGAAUGAACAAUACCUCUACAGCAUUUAUUAAUCUUAAUUAAUAUCAAUUUCAACAUUUAUGAAACAUCUUUGUAAAGUGUUACCUUUUCAUUUAGCACUUAAUCUUUGCAAAUAAAUAUUAAAAUGCAAUGAGAUUA